AUGGUCCAAGCACCUCAGCUGAGUCUGGACCAGGUUCUACCACCAUGCCAUUCAGUAUUGAUUAACGUUGUCACCGGCCUAGCCGAAAGAGUUUCUUGGCAUCUUCGAUGGGGGCUCAUCGACUAUGUCCGUAUCAAGCGAUGGGGCAUGCGAAUCAUUCAUUGUAUUAUGAGAACUGAUCAACGCGCAUCCCUUAUCAAGCUGCUCGACGAUGGUUUCUGA